AUGGCCUGUGAGGCCUCCACUUGGAGUGUUGUUGAGCCUCAUGGCUGGAAACCGAUGGCCCGCUAUGCUCACCAAGCUUUAAUGGGCGCCGAUGGGCGCAUGUGGAUCUAUGGCGGAUACAACAUCAACGGGACGGCAAAAGAGGGCGUUGCCAUGGUCGCUCUCGAUCGCUUGUACUGCUUUGACACGGACAAACGGAUCUGGUCCGCGCUCACAGCUGCAGGGUCUGCCCCAAAUUAUCUUGGUUAUCCCUUCGUAGCCAUGGAUGCGGCAGGGCGCAUGUGGAUGGGUGGUGGUUUUAUUUCUUCCACUGAAGUCAAUGCGAAUCUCUUCUAUCUUGACACCCUAUCCACCGAUUUGCAAUGGAAGGAGGUUGAAGACUUUAAGUCAGAUGUGGAUGGGCCGCCACUGAAUCGCAUCGGUGCCGAAGCUGUGAUGGAAGCGAAUGGGAAUAUGUGGAUUGUGGGAGGUAUGACGGAACUCCGUCAGCAACUUCCAUUGUGCCGGCUGGCCACCGCUGUCCAAGCGCCAACGACAGCCACCACCACCACAACUCCGCGCCCUGACCCUGGAACCUACAUAUGGAUCAUCUUGCUGGUGGUCUUACUUUGCAUCAUCAUCUUGGGGGGGCUGCUGUUUCUCCGCAAGAGGCGCAACCUGAAACUCUUGCAGGAAAGGCAGGAUCCGCAGCAAGUGGAGAUGGGUGAAGCCAGGCGUGCCUAG